UACACCUCCCAGGCGGCUUCGGAGCUGGCGGCCCCCGCGGCCCGGCCACUCCUCCCAGCGCGCUCCGCAGCCGGGUUGGCGGAAACCGAGCAGUGUGCGGCCGGGGCCGCGGUGGUGGAGGUCUGGGGGAGUCCCCUGUCUAGCGGCACCCGAACCUAGCGCCCGCGGUCCAGGAGGCCGGCCAUGGACCUGCGGAUGCUCUCCCGGGAAAUCUCCCUGUACCUGGAACACCAAGUCCGCGUCGGCUUCUUCGGCUCGGGCGUGGGUCUAUCCCUGAUCCUGGGCUUCAGCGUUGCCUACGCCUGCUACUACCUGAGCAGCGUUGCCAAGAAACCCCAGCUGGUGACCGGGGCCGAGACGUUCAGCCGCUUCCUGCAGGACCACUGCCCGGUGCUGACCGAGACCUACUACCCGACCGUGUGGUGCUGGGAGAGUCGAGGGCAGACCUUACUGAGACCUUUCAUCACGUCCAAGCCCCAGGUGCAAUACAGGAAUGAGCUUAUUAAAACUGCAGAUGGAGGACAGAUUUCACUGGACUGGUUUGAUAAUGAUAAGAGUAAGUGUUACAAGGAUGCCAACAAUAGACCUACUAUCUUACUCUUGCCUGGUCUCACUGGAACAAGCAAGGAAUCAUAUAUCCUUCAUAUGAUUCAUCUCAGUGAAGAACUGGGAUACAGAUGUGUGGUUUUUAACAACAGAGGAGUGGCUGGGGAGAGUCUCUUGACGCCAAGGACUUACUGUUGUGCUAACACUGAAGACUUGGAGACAGUUAUUCACCAUGUACACAGCCUGUAUCCUUCAGCUCCUUUUCUGGCUGCAGGGGUUUCAAUGGGAGGAAUGCUACUUUUAAAUUACCUGGGCAAAAUUGGACCAAAAACUCCUUUGAAGGCAGCUGCAACUUUUUCAGUUGGCUGGAAUACUUUUGCAUGUUCAGAGUCACUGGAAAAACCACUCAACUGGCUGCUUUUUAAUUACUAUUUGACAGCCUGCCUCCAGUCUUCAGUUAAUAAGCACCGGCAUAUGUUUGUAAAACAAAUUGACAUGGAUCAUGUCAUGAAGGCUAAAUCCAUCAGAGAAUUUGAUAAGCGAUUUACUUCAGUCAUGUUUGGAUAUAGAACAAUUGAUGAUUACUAUACUGAUGCCAGUCCAAAUCAUAGACUGAAAUCAGUAGCAAUUCCAGUGCUAUGUCUGAAUUCUGUGGAUGAUGUCUUCUCACCCAGUCAUGCUAUUCCAAUAGAAACUGCUAAACAAAAUCCUAAUGUUGCUUUGGUCCUAACUUCUUAUGGAGGCCAUAUUGGUUUUCUGGAGGGAAUCUGGCCAAGGCAGUCCACUUACAUGGACCGAGUCUUCAAGCAAUUCGUGCAGGCCAUGAUCGAGCAUGGCCAUGAACUCUCUAGCAUGUGACAAGUGCAUUCUGUCUGGAACACCAUAAAGGGGCAGCUCCGCUUAAUACACAGAAAUCAACUGCUGUAUACAGAGCAAAUAAGCCAGCAGGUGUGAGGAAGCCCAAGACAACAUGCAGAACUGCUGUUUGAGGAAAUAGACUAACUUUGUAGCAAGAGAUUAAACAUAGAUUCAGAUUAUGAUUAUGUAGAUUUUAUUUUUACUAUGCCUUACCCAAUAUGACCUUAACUAAUGUAGUACAAACAUGAAAUUGCACUUAACCAAAACUAUUGUGUAAAGGGAUUUUAAUUCCUCAGGGUUUACUUUAGGUUAGUAUUUUCUUUUUUCAGAUUACUCAUUUUAUGUGUUUUAAUAAUACUCUAAUGACUGUUAAGAGAUUUAGACUAUUUGAAUGUAUGUUCCAAGUUGACACAUUCCUAGGGAUGUUUAUAUCUAAUGAUGAUGGAAUAGUUGAAUAUACUGAAUAAGCUGAAAUAGUGUAAUAUACAACAUGCUAAAUAUUUAUUCUAACUUUAAAAGACAUGCAACAAUAUUAGACUGACUUCUAUACAGGCUCUUUUACUCAAUAUUAAAUUCAGGAAGGCUAAUUUAUGUUUGUAAUGAUUAUAGCUUACAUGCUUAUUUUUUUAAUUAUGUGCAUACUUAUAUAUCAUUGUAUUAAAAUGAAUUGUACCAUUUUAA